CGGCGAUUGCCAGAAUCUGCAGAAGCUUUCAUCAGAUGAAGAGUGCUGGUGGCUUUCCAGAGAAACGAAAGCUACUGAAUAGACAAGGGCAUCAUGUCGGGGUCACAGCGGCCCGCCAGGAGCCGGAAAACCGUCUCCAAUGGGAUGAAAAAGAUCCACAUCGAUGAGGUAGUCAAAAUAUCCGUGAACGUGGCUCUGGAGAGGUUUCGCUACGGCGACCAGAAAGAGAUGGAGUUUCCUUCGUCCCUGACCAGUACUGAGCGGGCUUUCAUCCAUCGGACGGCUCAGUCCCUGGGAUACAUCUCCAGGAGCAAAGGGAAAGGACCAAAUCGCUUCCUCACCCUGAGGAAAAAGAGCUGCACGGACAAACCUCGGCCCUCCAUGCCCCUCCCACUCUCCCAAAAUUCGAUAUAUUCCAUCCGCAGCCUCCUGCAGAGGUUCCCCGUCAGCAAUAAGGAGCGCAUCGACAUGCAGCCCAACACCAGGAACGGCAUGUCUGUGUCUUCAGAAUCUGAGGGCGGCUGUGACAGAGCGAGCGGACGUCUGAACAACGGGAUUCCCACGGUGCCGAAGAGAAGGAGCCCGUCAGAUCUGGACACUUUUCGGCAAUCUCUUCCUGUCCACGAGCGCCAGGAGGAGAUCAUCCACGUGAUCAGAGAAAGCCGCGUGGUGCUGGUGGUGGGGGAGACCGGCUCGGGAAAAACUACACAGAUCCCACAGUUCCUCCUGGAUGACUGCAGCAGGAAGGGCGAGCCGUGCAGGAUCUUCUGUACGCAGCCGAGACGCCUGGCCGCCAUCGCUGUGGCUGAGAGGGUGGCAGCGGAGAGAGGAGAGAGGGUGGGUCAGACUGUGGGGUACCACAUCAGACUGGAGAGCAGGGUCUCCCCCAAGACACUGCUGACCUUUUGCACCAGUGGAGUCUUCCUCCGAACGUUGAUGUCUGGAGACGCCAGCCUGACAAACGUCACACAUGUCAUCGUGGACGAGGUGCACGAGCGAGACGGUCUGACUGACUUCCUGCUCACUAAGUUGCGAGAUGUUCUUCAGAAGAUCCCCUCGCUGAAGCUGAUCCUCUCCAGCGCCGCUCUGGACGUAGACCUGUUUCUAAAGUACUUCGGAUCCUGCCCUAUCAUCCACCUGAAAGGACGACUGUUUGAAGUGAAGGAACUCUUCCUGGAGGACAUCCUGCGGCUGACGGGCUUCAACAACAAGGACAUGAAGAAAUACAAGGAAGAGACACAGAGAAAGGAGAAGAAGCAGAAGAACUUGAAGGAGUGGUGCGAGGCGGUGGAGAGCAGCUGUGUGGAGGAGAGACGCAUGAGUCCUGUUUCUGUACCUGCCUUCCUGGACAACAAGCCGAUGGAGAACGACACCGAGCAGCUGGUUCCGUGGCUGCUGAAGGAAAUGGACUCGUGCAUUACAAACAUCUUCCUGAACGAAGACCAGGACGCUUUCAUUCAGCUCUUCAACCUCAUCCUCUAUGAGAAUGUGAACGUGGACUACCGGCACAGUGACACCGGCUCCUCGGCUCUGAUGGUGGCAGCCGGACGAGGCUUCCUCCCUCAGAUGGAGCAGCUUCUCAACAUGGGGGCCGACAUCAACCUGAAGGCCUCCAACGGCUGGACAGGGUUAGACUUUGCCACACACUUCCAGCAGACGGAGGCUAUGGAUCUACUCAAAUCUUCCAUUCCUCUGGGAGAGGUGAGCAGUCAGGAUGAAUCCUCUCUGGUUCAUCAUCACGCCGCAGAGAUCGGCCCUGAAGAGCAGGAGCUGCUCAAACUCUACCACCACAGCUUUGAUGAUGACUUCGUGGACCUGGACCUCAUCAUGGAUCUGAUGCACAACAUCUGCUCCACCACCAGUGAAGGUGCUCUCCUUGUUUUUCUUCCUGGAUACGAUGACAUCGUGUCACUCAGGGACCGCCUCCUGUACGACGACAAGAGAUUCACGAUCCACUCUGACAGGUUCCAGGUGUUCACUCUACAUUCAGACAUGCAGACCCUGGAUCAGAGGAAAGCCAUGAAGCCCUCUCCACCUGGGAUCAGGAAGAUAAUCCUCUCCACUAACAUAGCUGAGACGAGCAUCACCAUCAACGAUGUGAUUUUCGUCAUUGAUUCAGGAAAGGUCAAAGAGAAGUCCUUUGAUACCCUCAGUCAUGUCUCCAUGUUGAAGACGGUUUGGAUCUCAAAAGCCAGCGCUCUGCAAAGGAAGGGAAGAGCGGGGCGCUGCAGACCUGGGAUCUGUUUCCACCUCUUCAGUCGCCUCAGGUUCAGCAACAUGCUGGAGUUCCAGGUUCCACAGCUGCUGAGGAUGCCUCUGCAGGAGCUGUGUCUGCAGACCAAGCUGCUGGCCCCCUCCUCCUGUCCUGUCGCUGACUUCCUGUCCAAAGCUCCUCAACCUCCGUCUGCACACGCCAUCAGGAACGCUGUGCAGAUGCUAAAGACAAUAGACGCUAUGGACCAGAAUGAAGACCUCACAGAUCUGGGCUACCACCUGGCGGAUCUACCUGUGGAGCCUCACCUGGGAAAGAUGGUUCUGUGUGCUGUGGUGCUGAAGUGUCUGGACCCCAUCCUCACCAUCGCCUGUACGCUGGCCUACCGAGACCCCUUCGUCCUCCCUGCACAGGGGGGGCAGAAGAAAGCUGCUAUUGAGUGCCGCAAACGCUUCACCGCCAACACCUUCAGCGACCACAUGGCUCUGCUGAGAGCCUUCCAGGCAUGGCAGAAGGCCCGUAGUGACGGCUGGGAGAGAUCCUUCUGUGAGAAGAACUUCCUGUCCCAGGCCACCAUGGACAUGAUCCUGGGAAUGAGGACACAGCUACUGGGACAACUGAGGGCCAUCGGUUUCGUGCGAGCGCGUGGAGGAAGUGAUAUCCGAGAUGUGAACCUGAACUCUGAGAACUGGGCCAUGGUGAAGGCGGCUCUGGUGGCCGGCAUGUACCCAAACCUGGUGCACGUGAACCAGGAGACCUCCCUGCCCUCCAGCUACAGGGAGAAGAAGGUCCACUUCCACCCCUCAUCCAUCCUCAACCAGUCCCAGCUCAAGGAGAACGGCCCAUCCAGAGGCCCUCCCCAGGCCCUCCCCACAGACUGGCUGAUCUACGAUGAGAUGAGUCGGGGUCACAGGAUGGCGAGUGUGCGCUGCUGCUCCAUGGUCACUCCCAUCACCGUGGCCAUCUUUGGAGGCUGCGCCAAACUGCCCAGCUCCGCCCUGCAGGAGCCGUCUGCACCGAGAGACAGUUUUCAGGAGAACAGCGACAGUGAGACGGAGGAGCUCUCUGAGUUCAGCCUGGACGACUGGCUCAUCUUCCAGCUGGACAGCGAGGCUGCAGGCGCGGUGUUUGAACUGAGGCAGAAGUGGCAGAACUUGUUCAUCAAGAGGAUCCGAUGUCCUUCGAAGCCCUGGACUCAGCAAGACGAGGCGAUCAUCCGGACCCUGGUUUCAGUUUUGGGUGCAGAGGAGCAGGGGGCCGGCCUGCUGCAGCCCACAGGCAUCGGACAGAGACCCCGACCCAUUACAUCCGAGGAUGAUUCCCAGGCUUUUUUAAAGAACUCAAAGAGCAGCCCCCAACCCCCCAGCAACACCUCCAACGACAGGUCUUGUCGGAUCCCGGCCUCGUCCAGCCUGCUGCAGAUGAAGGCGCUCUGUUUAGACGAGGCCUCGCUCCCUAUGAAUCCUCUCUCUGAAGACCCCCCCUCCUCCAGUAACUUCUCCUGCUCUGUGAGCCUGGACCCCUCCGCUCCUUCCUCCUCAGGAAAGAUCUCAAAGCCCCCGUCCUCUCAGCCGGCCUUCCCCUCGGUGCGGCACUUCAUCAUGAAGAGCAGCAGUGUGAGGAACAUCGAGAUCUCUCAGCAGAAAGGGAUCUGGUCCACCACCCCGAGCAACGAGGGCAAACUCACCAAGGCCUUCCUCGAGAACAACCUCAUCAUCCUCAUCUUCUCCGUGCAGGGAUCCGGGCACUUCCAGGGCUACGCUCGCAUGUCCUCCAUCAUCAGUCAGGAGAGCUGCCAGGACUGGGGCUUCAUGGGGCUGGGGGGGGUGUUCAGUGUGGAGUGGAUCCACAGAGAGAGCGUUCCCUUCCUCUGUACGCAACACAUCCUGAACACGUGGAACGACAACAAGAAGGUCCAGAUCAGCAGGGACGGACAGGAGUUGGAGCCGCAGGCAGGCAGCCAGCUGUUGUCUCUGUGGGAGGGAAACUCUGCGGCUCAAUAACAGUCUGUUCACACCCAUCCUGAACUACAUGCAUACGGUGUAUAUUGAUGGAAAGAUGUAUUUUUCUAUCAAUUCUCUGAGAUAUUCUAUUUUGCAUUAAAGGACCACACUACCAGUUAAGGCGAGGGGACGAUGUGAUACAGUGGAAGUUCUUGUUUCCUGUUUCUGUGUUUUUCUAUUUAUUUGAUUUCUCUGCUUUUAUCUCUUUGUAUUCAAAACGGUACUCAUGUUCUUAUCAAAUGGUAUAUUGACGAUGACAAGUGUGUGUUUUUUUUUAUUGUGGAGAGGAUGAAAUAGGUUUGUAUAACUAUUAAGAUUUGAUAAACACAGAAGCUCCAGUUCAGUUUGAUGUCAUGUUAGUUUUUAAUGUAAUGUUUUGACACACUUCCACCAAUACACGCAUGAAUACUGCUUCUCCACUCAUCAAGUAACACCUCCCGUCUCUUAGAAUAGUUGUUCUGUGUUAAAGUUCACGAGACUCGUUUUGACAAAUCUGUCAACGGUUUAGUUCCUUGGAUGAAGAAAUCUUAAUAUAUGUUGUUAGAAUUUCAAUUUUGAUCGUUGCUGCUGUAUGAGGAGAUGUGUUUCAGUCAGCCUCGUGAUUUUGUUAAUGGGUUGACAUAAAUAAACAGUGAUUGCAUUUGAAAA